AUGGAUGAUAGCAAUGAAGACCAGAGACUUCCUCAUCACCGUAACCCCAAAGAGCUUCUCACUAUGGAUUACUUGGCAGAUCUGGGAGUGUUGUACUGGAACUUGAACCCUGAUAACUAUGAGCAUGAUUCUGAGCUAGGCAAAAUUAGAGAUGAAAGGGGUUAUGAUUACAUGGAUUUGCUGGAUCUGUGUCCUGAGAAAGUCAGCAACUACGAGGAGAAGCUGAAGAACUUUUUCACAGAACACAUUCACAAGGACGAAGAGAUUCGUUACUGUUUUACAAGAAGUUGCUAUUUCGAUGUUAUGGACGAGGAUGACCGUUGGAUCCGAAUCUAG